AUCAUUUCCUGCUCUGCUGCCUGGUUUUCGUGCCGGACAUUUUGCUGCUGCUGCUUUUCCAGGUUGCCUACAAUGGCAGACAAGAGUGAACUCAAAGCUGAGCUGGAGCGCAAAAAGCUACGGUUAGCACAGAUCCGAGAGGAGAAGAAGCGAAAGGAGGAGGAGAAGAAGAGAAAGGAUGGUGAUUUCAAGAAGGAGACCCUUUCUGCCUCACAGGAUGAGCUGGACCUGGAGAGAAAGCGGAAAGAGACCGAGGCAUUGCUUCAGAGCAUUGGCAUAACUACAGAGCCCUCAAUAGUCCAUUCUCCUAUUUCCCCAUCGAACAAAUCGCUGGGAACGCCGAGUGAAUCUGAGAGUCAGGAAUCUGUGGAGGGGACAGUUGGAGCCCGACAUCACCUGCAGAAACUAGGAAUAGCCAGAAUUACCCAUGUGGAUAUCGCACCUUGUGAGUGUCUUGCGCACUGUAAGGAGACCCAGACACCAGUGGUUGCAAAGCUAGAGGAAGCAGUAGAAGAAGCACCAGUUCCUGUAAAAGCAUCGACUCCAGCAGACACUGAGACACCUGCAGAAACCCAGGAGGAGAUUGAAGAAGAGGACCAAGCACCUCGGCAUUGUCUGACGGAGGAGGAGAAAGAGAGCAUUCUUCACUCAGAGGGAUUUUUAUCCUUCUUUGAUCAGACCUCUAAGAUGAUUGAGCAAGCACUGACUGAACAUGCUGACAUCUUCUUCGACUACAGUGGGCGCAACUUAGACGACAAAGAAGGAGAGGUUCAAGCGGGAGCCAAGUUGUCACUGAACAGGCAGUUUUACGAUGAAAAUUGGUCAAAGGAUCGUGUUGUUACCUGUCUGGACUGGUCACAACAGUAUCCAGAACUACUGGUUGCUUCUUAUACUAAUAAUGAAGAUGCUUUGAACGAGCCUGAUGGUGUGACUCUUGUAUGGAAUAUGAAGUUUAAGAAAACCACUCCAGAGUAUAUCUUUCACUGCCAGUCAAAAGUCAUGUCUGCCUGCUUUGCACAGUUUCACCCAAAUCUCAUGGUGGGUGGAACGUAUUCCGGUCAGAUUGUCCUUUGGGAUAACCGCAGUAACAAGAAGACACCUGUCCAGCGGACUCCACUAUCUGCUGCAGCUCACACACACCCUGUGUACUGUGUGAAUGUUGUCGGUACUCAAAAUGCUCAUAACCUAGUCAGUGUUUCCACUGAUGGAAAACUGUGUACCUGGAGCCUGGACAUGCUCUCUCAGCCACAGGACAGUAUUGAGCUGGUACACAAGCAAUCGAAGGCAGUUGCUGUAACCUCCAUGUCCUUUCCACUGGGGGACAUCAAUAACUUUGUUGUGGGCAGUGAAGAAGGCUCUGUGUACACAGCAUGUCGCCUUGGCAGUAAAGCUGGCAUCAUUGAGAUGUUUGAAGGACACCAAGGUCCUGUGACAGGGGUCCAUUGUCACACAGCAACAGGACCAGUAGACUUCUCUCACCUUUUUAUCACCUCCUCAUUCGACUGGACUGUGAAACUCUGGUCAGCUAAGAGUAACAAGCCCUUGUAUUCCUUUGAGGACAGUUCAGACUAUGUGUUUGAUGUCAUGUGGUCCCCAAUCCACCCUGCACUCUUUGCAUGUGUUGAUGGAAUGGGCCGGCUUGACCUCUGGAAUUUGAAUGAAGACUCUGAGGUUCCGACUGCAAGUGUCAUGGUGGAGGGAAACCCUGGGUUGCAUCGUGUCCACUGGGCACAGUCAGGGCGAGAGAUUGCUGUGGGUGAUUCUGAAGGCCAAGUAUUGAUAUAUGAUGUCGGAGAG